CAAGGGUGCAAUUCAAAUUCGAAGACGCCAUAUUAGCGCGUGGUGUCGAUUCUUCUGAAGGCUUUGGUCCGAAAACCCACGUAAAUAGCAAACUCACUAUUAAGAACCAAGCUUGAAGAUUGUUAACGUUUCUAGUGAACUAGGAUGAACUGUAGAGUUUACCUUGGACGCCUGCCUUAUGGCACUACAGAGGAUGACGUUCGACGAUUCUUUCGCUCGUAUGGACGACUUAGGGACAUCAAUUUGAAAAACAACUACGGGUUUGUGGAAUUUGAGGACGAUCGUGAUGCUGACGAUGCGGUGUAUGAGUGCAAUGGAAAAGAAAUGCUCGGAGAAAGAAUCUUGGUGGAACAUUCAAGGGGAGGAGCUCGUAGUUCUAGCUCCCGCCCGUCCCGUGGCAGAGAUAAGUAUGGGCCGCCUGUGCGCACCCCGUGGCGAAUGACUAUCGAGAACCUCUCAAGUAGAGUGUCAUGGCAGGACCUGAAAGACUUCUGCCGUCAAGUUGGUGAUGUAACAUAUGGCGACGCCCACAAGCAAAGACAAGGAGAAGGGGUCAUUGAGUUUUCUUGCAAGAGAGACUUGAAAAGAGCUCUGAAAAAGCUUGAUGGUGAAGAGUUGAAUGGAAAGAGAAUCCGUUUGAUUGAUGAAAGUCCCAGGUCCAGAUCACGGAGUCCCAGGUCCAGAUCAAGAUCCCGCUCGCGUUCACGUAGCCGGUCCCGCAGACGAUCCCGAUCCCGCAGUCGGUCCCGUUCUCCUCGUCGAUCUCCGUCUCGCUCAAGAUCCCGCAAUCGAUCCCGUAGUCCGAGGCGGUCCCGUUCAAGAUCCCGAAGCCCGCGAAGCUCACGCUCGAAGUCCCGUAGCCGAUCUAGAUCCAGGUCCCGCCAGAGAUCCAAAUCGCGCUCAAAAUCCCGCACGCCCGAAGCCAGGGACGAGGGGAUGGACGAUGAACAACAACAGAACGGCGAACAAAAUUCCGAGGGAGGGGAGGGUCAGGAGGACGCCGACCACGGGCAGGACUAGCUUGCUAAUGGGGUUGUUUGAAUUUGUUAGAUAUGUACUCCCUUGCAAACAGAAACGGUGCUUUCUACCUUGUUUGAUUGUGAACUUCACAUGGGUACCAUAUGCAAAGUUAAACCCCAAGGAUAUAGGCAUAUUCUUACACAGCGCGAGUUGUCGCGCAGGUCGGAUUUACGGAUUUAAAAGCCUGCUGGGAGCAAGGAUAUUUUUUUCUUGACAAUUUGUAUUAUACGUUAAGAAGUGCUUCAACUUGGCUUCCACUUCCUCAAGGUGGAUGACAAGAGUGUACAAGCAUAUCGUUUUGGAUUUCUCUACAUAGGCAUAACCAAAGCGUCCUUCGUUUUUUGUUGUUGAAUAUUUUGUUUGCUCGAUGUAUCUGAGUGUAUCCAAUUCUGUUUAUUAAAUGUGUUUUUAGUU